AAAAACAAAACCAGAUUAUCGUAAACCCAGGAAGAGAGAGGAUUGGCAUAAUCCCAGACGAGAGAGAAAAAAAAAAAGGGAGAGAAGGGGAAAAAAAAAAUCAAAUCAAAUCAAAAAAUUCCCUGCGUAUGGGUUGUUCUUGAGAAAACCCGGAAAAGGGGCAUUCUUUGGUUUGGUUUGAUUUGAGGAUUUUCGUGUUUUUUUUUUUUCAUAUAUGUUUUUUUAUUUUUAGAAUUGUGAAUUCAGAUCUAUCUGCUAAUUCCAAUCCGGGAUACUGUUAUUCCCGCUUUGGAUUUUUCCUGUCCUUGAUUUUCUUCAAGAUUCAAUGGCGGGUGAAAGGAAGUACAUUUCAGCUGAAGAACUCAAACAGCAUGACAAGCCAGGGGAUCUGUGGAUCUCUAUACAGGGUAAGGUUUACAAUGUCACGGAUUGGUCUAAGGUUCAUCCGGGUGGGGAUAUCCCUCUCCUGAAUUUGGCUGGCCAAGAUGUUACAGACGCCUUCAUUGCAUACCAUCCAGGUACUGCUUGGCAAUAUCUUGACAAAUUCUUUACUGGGUAUUAUCUCAAAGACUUCAAAGUCUCGGAGGUGUCCAAAGACUUCAGAAAACUCGCUAAUGAAUUUUCAAAAAUUGGGUUGUUUGAGAAGAAAGGCCAUGGAAUCCUGUACACCUGUUCCAUCAUUGGAUUCUUGUUCAUGGUGUGUAUUUAUGGUGUUUUGUGUGUUGAUAGUUUCUGGGUUCAUCUGGGUUGUGCUGCAUUACUGGGGUUUCUAUGGAUUCAGAGUUCUUAUCUGGGUCAUGAUUCUGGGCAUUAUCAGAUAAUGUCCAGUCCUGGGUUUAAUAAGCUUGCUCAAAUGCUUAUUGGGAAUUGCAUAACCGGGAUAAGCAUUGCGUGGUGGAAGUGGACUCAUAAUGCCCAUCAUAUAGCUUGUAAUAGUCUUGAUUAUGAUCCUGAUCUUCAGCAUAUUCCAGUGUUUGCAGUUUCUUCUAGCUUGUUCGAUUCCAUAAACUCUGUCUUUUAUGGGAGAAUAUUGAAAUUUGAUUCUGUUGCUAGGUUUUUUGUGAGUUACCAGCACUGGACCUAUUAUCCGGUUAUGUGUGUGGCAAGGAUUAAUUUGUUUCUGCAAACAUUAUUGUUGUUGUUUUCUGGGAGGAAUAUUCCGGAUAGAGCUUUGAAUAUUAUGGGGAUUUGCGUGUUUUGGACAUGGUACCCUCUUCUUGUUUCUUGUUUGCCCAAUUGGGGUGAGAGGGUGAUGUUUGUGAUUGUGAGCAUGGCUGUGACUUCGAUUCAACAUAUUCAAUUCACUUUGAACCAUUUUUCAGCUAAUGUGUAUGUUGGGCCGCCUUGUGGGAACGAUUGGUUUGAGAAGCAGACUAGUGGGACAAUUGAUAUUUCAUGCCCAACUUGGAUGGACUGGUUUCAUGGUGGUCUGCAGUUUCAGCUUGAGCACCAUUUGUUUCCUCGGUUGCCAAGGUGCCAUUUGAGGAGCAUUUCCCCUGUGGUGAAGGACCUAUGCAAGAAGCAUAAUUUGCCUUAUAGGAGUUUAUCGUUUUGGGAGGCCAACGUAUCGACAAUUAGGACGCUAAGAACUGCUGCUCUGCAGGCUCGUGACCUUACCAACCCUGUCCCAAAGAAUUUGGUUUGGGAAGCUGCUAAUAUUCAUGGAUGAGGUCUCUUGAGGCUUGCCAAGAUUUUGCUGUUGCUGUUCUUUAACCCCGACAGGUUUUCCCUUUCAUGGAUGACUUUUUUUAUUUUCUUGUCUUGGGCCCUUCAGACUUAAGAUUGUUUUUCUUAUAAGUGACUUCUUGGUCUCAUUAUGCUGUUAUAUUUGACCUUUUUGGUUCAUUCCUGAUUGGAAUAUUGUUCCUUAUUAUAUUUUCUUCCAUUUGGCAGAACAGAGUGUUUGACAUGGAUUCAUAUAUGAUCUUGUUUGAUUUUAAUAUAGUCAUCAUUUCAAUUACAAA